GGUGGGGGCCGCCGUGAUCGCCAUGAAGAGCCACUUCGGGGAGUGGGUCCCUUGGGGUGGCGCAAUGUCGGGCCUCAAAGGCCAUUUUCAAAUUGUCCCGCGUGAUCAGCUCUUAUCUUUCGCGCUGGCGCUCGAGCAUUCCUUUGGCGACCUCCGCUGCGUCACGGAUAACGCGCCGCUCCUGGGCGGGCGGAGGUCGAGCCGCCACUUGUGCCCCCGCGGCGCCAACCUAGACCUAUUGCAGCGCAAAGGCGAGGUAGUAAGGAAUCGCGGCCCUGGCUCUGUCGCGGUGGCAUGGGUGCCCUCCCGCAGUGAGGACGCCCAGAACGCGUCCACCGACCCUGUCCGCUUUGCCCACGCGCUAGGCAAUGCUUGCGCCGACGCGUGGGCUGGCGCUGCCACUUAG